CAAAACCACAUAUGACGAUGCGGUAGAAUCUGGCCACGCGGUGUUCAUGGCGGAACAAGAUGAGGGCUGCGGGGAUAAGUUCCAGAUGCGUCUGGGCAAUAUCCCGGCGCGUUCUACUGUUACCAUUAUACUGAAAUACGUGAGUUCUCUGGAGGCGGAAAAUCUGGUGGAUGAGAAAAGCAAUUCGCGGGUCACGUUUACACUGCCGAGUGUACUAAACCCGCGCUACACACCAGGGGAAUCCCGUACACAACGCGAAUUUGACCCUUUCGCGCCUUGUGAAUCGCUCAAACCAUACUCCAUCAGUUUUGUUGGUGAUAUUAACAUGCCGUAUCGUAUACUGGAGGUGUCAUCUCUGCGUGACAAAUUUGAUAUUGAGUGGACUUCAACUGAUCACAGAUCUGCCCAAGUAAAAAUUUCCGACUUCAAACCUGAUCAUGAUUUACAAAUGUUGAUUGACAUGGAUCAAAAGUUGAACUCAUUCGCUGUUUGUGAGUGGGGCGAUCGGCAGGCAAAGAGUAUUUUCUCCAAAGACUGCAUCAUGGCACAGUUUAUGCCGGAUUUCACGGAUGUCUCGGACGAAAUGGAGACUCGGACUGAGGUCUAUUUCGUGAUUGAUCGUUCGGGGAGCAUGAGUGGAGGCAAUAUUGCACGUGCUGCCGAAUCGUUACUUUUAUUCCUCAAAAGCCUUCCAACUGGCUGUCGCUUUCAAAUUAUCGGAUUUGGAAGCACGCAUGAAGCACUCUUUCCAGAGUAA